CAGUGCUCUUGCAGCCGUUUGUCUCCCGUUCCUUGGAAGUUCGCUCUCUGCGAUCGUCUAUCCUUCCCCUCCCCCUCCUCAUCGUGGUUGGAGGGAGAUCCGCCUUCCCGACGCUGGCUUGGGCGUCGCUGGUCUUCCUCCUAUGUCCACGCACAAUAGGAUCCCCGGUUCACAGCACAAUAUUUGGGUUCUACAGUUUGGAAAGUAGAUUGCUUCCACGCACUUAUGGAUCUUAUGGAUCUAUACUGUCUUGGUGUUUGAUGGAUUCGAUUGAUUUAUCCUCAUUUUUCUACCUGCACCUGUCGCGAUGACUUGGACUGAAGUCCCUCAUGCUGAUGCCCGAUUCAGACCUCUUUUGUCUUUCCAAGUGGAGAUCCACUCGACUUGAUCGCAAUGGCUGACCCCACCGAUCUGAAUCUCGAUGCGCCGAGCGAUCUUCAGGACAUCCCGGAGAUGUCCAUGCAACUGAUUCCCCCUCCGGAAGGGACGUAUCCUGACAAGUAAGUUGCCUAGCUCGAUUUCUUGGCGUGCCUGCCAGCUCCAUUAAAUCAUAUCUGUAUUUAAGAUGUUUUUCUCCACGAAUUCAUAUGCUUCCACUGACCAUAACAUCAAGGGCAUCUCUACUGGCAGCAGUCCAGACACACGGCAAAGCACAUGGAUAUAAUGUCGUCGUCAAAUCUUCCAGUACCCCCACCGAAAAGAAACCGGGUCGCACGGCCAAAGUGUGGCUUCGAUGCGAUCGGGGUGGGCAUUAUCGUCCUCGGAACGGACUGACGGAAGAGACUCGAAAACGGCGGCGAACGUCCCGGCUGAUGGACUGCCCGUUCAUGCUAGUUGCAGCAGGAACUCCUGGCAUUUGGACGUUGACCGUCUUGAAUCCGACGCACAACCAUGGUCCGGUGAUUGAGAAGCCGCGGCAAGUUCCUCAUCACAAGGUCCGGAAGGGUCAGAUUGCCGCCGUACCUUAUGACUGGCCACAUGAUGCCACUUUAACGCCAUAUACGACCGCCUUGGUGAUUGUAGACAUGCAGAAGGAUUUCUGCUCGCCGGGUGGAUACCUGGAAUACCAGGGCUACGACAUCUCAGCAACCCAGGCACUAAUCGUCAAACUUCAGCAUCUUUUAUCAAUAUUCCGUGCGUCCGGGUUCCCGGUCUACCACACUCGCGAGGGCCACCGACCCGAUCUUUCCACGCUUUCCAGCAGAGAAGCCUACCGAUCACGAAACAAUGCUUCCGGACUGGGAAUCGGCUCGCCCGGCCCUCUCGGUCGUCUUCUCAUCCGGGGAGAGGUUGGCCACGAUACCGUCGACGAAUUGUAUCCGAUUCCCGGGGAACCGGUCAUCGACAAACCGGGACGGGGCGCAUUCGCGCACACCGACUUUGAACUUCUGCUGCGAAAUAAAGGCAUCAAGAAUCUAGUCAUUGUCGGCGUUAGUACGGACGUUUGUGUUUCCACUACCAUGCGAGAAGCGAACGACCGCGGCUUCGACUGUGUCGUUCUAGACGACGGCACGGCGGCCACCGAUCCCAGCCUGCACGUCAGCACGAUGGAGUCGGUGAAGAUGGAGGGCGGGAUCUUUGGCGCGGUGGCCAAGAUGGAAGAUGUGAUUACAGCCGUGGAAAACUUUAAAUCCGUCACUGUGAAGAAGCUGGCUCCGCAGAUGACUGUUUAGUGACCUAUCUUGUGAAUUGGAAUGAGCAUAUGGGACCCAUGAAGUUAUGGGCCGAGACGAGGCGAGACGAGAGAGGAAGCAUGACUUUGGCAUUGGACUUUAUUGAGCAGACAUAUCUUUUGUUUUUCUUCGAUUUCUUGUUUGAUCUGCACAUUCAGCGACUUGAAGGGAGUGAUUAGAGCAGCGUUCAUUUUAUACUUUUUGAAGCCGUCAUUUAAUUGUCUAGACAAUUAGCUAGUUAACGUUACUCAAGGACCUCGGACGCGACAAGACAUUACGAGAAUGAACGAAACGAUCUUUGUUUAUCAUGUUU